CAACUACGUGUCUUUUAAAACGUCACAAACGUCAAACGCAAACGUCAUUGUUUUUUUAGGGAUUUUUGGUUAGAGAAAAGCGAAUUGAAUUGAAUGGUGGAAGAUUUUUAUUGUCAUGUCAGUUUCAUGUUAAUUUGAAGUAAAAACUGGUGGUAAAAGAAAUCAGUUUUAAAUGUGAAUACGUAAUUCGCGAAUUUAGAAAGUGUACUAUCGACGAGUUAUAUUUUGAUAUUAUUUAAUUAAUAACUUACACGUCAUAUAGAUUUUGAUUGAGCGAGCAGCCAGGUUAAUAAGUUACAAUUAAAAAUGACUGAGCCAACUACAAAUCCAGGGCUCCAGAGGCGAUUGAAUUUCAAUGCUUUAAAGCACCAUGUGCUCUCGAAUAGGGUCGAUUGUGUUUUGUGGUUAACUAGGGUUUUUGCUAUUCUAUUCUCAUUAUUUUAUUUGAUUCCAAUAUUUGGAAAUUCCUACAAUUAUUACUACAAAGUUCUUAUCGCAAAUGCCGCCAUCAGCGCGCUGAGGCUGCACCAAAGAUUAGGAACGGUGCAGCUGAAUCGAGAAUUCUUCAUGAGACUUCUGACAGAAGACAGUUGUCACUAUCUUUUCUACUCGUUGAUAUUCCUGUACGUGGCCCCGGCGACUGUGGUUUUAAUACCGAUUUUCCUGUUUUCUGUACUACACGCUGCCAGCUAUUCUCUGACUUUGUUAGAUACGUUGGGACAAAAUUCCUUAUGGGGCGCAAGAUUAGGAAUUUCCGUGGUGGAGUUCCAGUCUUUGUACAUUUUGAAGAGCGCUGCGUUCGUGGAAAUCUUCCUUAUGCCCUACACGGUGAUCCUAGUAAUGAUGGGAAAAGCUAGCCUACUGACGCCGUUCAUCUACUACCAGUUUUUGUUCCAAAGGUACACGUCCAGGAGGAAUCCGUACUCGAGGCUCAUGUUCAGGGAAUUGCGCGUGGUUUUCGAGAAUACGGCGAAUAAAGCCAAUAUGCCGGGCAUUGUGAGCAAAUUGCUGUUGUUCGUGGUGAAUUUCACGCUGAAAUUGGCGCCGCAGCCUUAUCAAAUGCCUUACGGGCAGCAACAACAGCAAGACCAACCACCACAGUAGUAUACAUCCGUGGAGGAAUUUAAUAAUUUCAUAUUUUCAUUUCUAAAUUGUAGAAAACGAAAUCGAGCGGCAGUUAUUAUCAUUACGUUUUAAUUUAUACACGUGUGUCCACUCAAUGGAGUUGAAUAGAGGAAAAAAUCAUUAUUUUUUUUAAUUCUACGAAUAAAUGUUAUUCUUUAUUAAAAUUAUUGUUUCUCCCUUGACUCAUUUUAACG